CACAAAAGUCAAUAUCGAUCAAAGAGAAGAGGAGGAGAGGUACAAUGGUUUUUGAUUCAGCUUCUAAAAAUUUGUUUUUCUUCUUCUUCUUCACAAUGUCCACAUUGCAAUGCUUAAAUCAAGUUCAAGCAAGAACCCAUUUCAGUGUCCUUCAGUUUGGUGCUUGUGCUGAUGGAAAAACAGACAACAGUAAGGCGUUUAUGGCAGCAUGGAAUCAGGCUUGCAAUUCAUUGGGAGAAAAUGGUGUUUUGAUCCCAACAGGGGCUUGCAAUUCAUUGGGAGAAAAUGGUGUUUUGAUCCCAACAGGGGUAUUUCUGUUGCGUCCAGUAGUGUUUAGGGGUCCCUGUAAGGGCUCUGCUGUGUUUCAGAUUAGAGGAGUCCUCAAGGCUCCCACUGAUAAAGCUUCACUUUUGGACCAUUGGAUUAGCUUCAAAUACAUUGAUCAAUUGAUGAUCAAUGAUGGUGGAUCACAUGAUGGUGGAUCACUUGAUGGUGAAGGAGCCUCAGCCGGGCCCCUAAACAAUUGCAGUAAAGACCCAAAUUGCCCUCCUCUUCUUGUUAACAUCACAAUUUCCCGCAUUAGGAUUUCAGCUCCAGAGGACAGCCCCAACACUGAUGGAAUACACCUUGGCUCCUCUACUGACAUCCGUAUCUUGUAUUCCUUCUUCGGCACCGGUGACGAUUGCAUUUCUAUGGGACCUGCAGGAUCCAAGAACAUCAACAUUAACAAUGUUCAUUGCGGCCUUGGCCAUGGCAUCAGUAUCGGUAGCCUCGGGGGAUCCAAGAUGGACGCGGAUGUUACCGAGAUUGUUCAAAUUAAGCUGAGGGAUGUCUCCAAUCCCAUUUUCAUUGAUGAGCAACACUGCCCUUCUAGGACAUGUGAUCAAAAGAUUAGAGGAGUCCUCAAGGCUCCCACUGAUAAAGCUUCACUUUUGGACCAUUGGAUUAGCUUCAAAUACAUUAAUCAAUUGAUGAUCAAUGAUGGUGGAUCACUUGAUGGUGAAGGAGCCUCAGCCGGGCCCCUAAACAAUUUCAGUAAAGGCCCAAAUUGCCCUCCUCUUCUUGUUUCAAUGAGACUCGAUUUCAUUACAAAUUCAAGAAUGAGCUCCAUAACAUCAAUCAACAGCAAGAACUUCCACUUCAACAUUUUUGCAUGCAAGAACAUCACAAUUUCCCGCAUUAGGAUUUCAGCUCCAGAGGACAGCCCCAACACUGAUGGAAUACACCUUGGCUCCUCUACUGACAUCCGUAUCUUGGAUUCCUUCUUCGGUACCGGUGACGAUUGCAUUUCUAUGGGACCAGGAUCCAAGAACAUCAACAUUAACAAUGUUCAUUGCGGCCUUGGCCAUGGCAUCAGUAUCGGUAGCCUCGGGGGAUCCAAGAUGGACGCGGAUGUUACCGAGAUUGUUGUGAGGAACUGUAGCUUAGUAGGGACAUCCAAUGGCAUAAGGAUCAAAACAUGUGCUCCUUCUUAUCAAGCUGAGGAAUGUCUCCAAUCCCAUUUUCAUUGAUGAGCAACACUGCCCUUCUAGGACAUGUGAUCAAAAGGUAGUAACUUUCACUUUCUGCAGUUACUCAAUCAUGGGUAGUUUUUUGAAGUAGUGGGACACCUCACCUUUUGACCUAAUCUAAUCCCCUUUCAGAUUUCACCACCUGUACUCUUAACAAAUAAAACCCCCUUUUUAACUGCAUCUUCUCCUAUUUUCUAGCUCCCAUUAUCUCUUUCUGUAUCAAGAAGAUAAUUACUCCAUAAAAAAUUAUCUUUACC